AUGGCGAUUUACUAUCAAGAUCAACCAGUCGUUGAUCUCUGGGGUGGCUGGUUUGAUCAAUCUCGUAGAAAACCUAACGAUCACAACGCCUUACAAUAUGUAUUUUUUACAUUGAAAGGUUUAGUAGCGAUAGCUGUUGCGCUUUGUGUUCAACGAGGUUUACUCGACUAUUCUGCAUUAGUAAAAACAUACUGGCCAGAAUAUGAGCAAAAUGGAAAAGAGAAUACAACAGUAGUUGAUAUUCUAUCGCACCGUGCUGGACUGACAUUAGAUAAUUAUCCGAUGGAACGAAUUUUGAAUUUGACAGUCAUGGUACAUACCCAGGUCAUUAUUGAUCAGUCGGUUCUUGUCGGGCGGGCUAUAAUUCCGAUGUCACAUGGGGACCGGAUUCGGUCGGUUAAUUUCUGGUGA